AUGGAGCACAACGAGACAGGGUGCCAAGCUCCUCCUGAAGCUCCCAAGCUCUGUGCCAACAACUGUGGAUUCUUUGGAAGUGCAGCAACAAUGAAUUUGUGUUCCAAAUGCCACAAGGACUUGGUAUUGAAGCAAGAACAGGCUAAAGUUGCUGCAGCAUCCAUUGAUUGUGCUGUGAAUGGCAAUCCCAAUGACAGAGGGAAGGAGCCUAUUGCUACUGUUGAUGUAGAUGUACAAGCUGGGUCUGCAGAUUUGAUGCUCAUCUCAACACAGGCUUCCUCUACUCCAUCUUUGGACAUUAAGAGUGAGGAGAAGGUGAAGGAGAUUCCAAACAGGUGCGGAACUUGCAAGAAACGUGUUGGUCUAACCGGCUUCAAUUGCCGUUGUGGAAAUCUCUUUUGUUCACUCCAUCGUUACUCAGAUAAACACAACUGCCCCUAUGAUUACCGAAGUGCUGCUCAGGAUGCUAUAGCAAAAGCCAACCCGGUUGUGAAGGCAGAAAAGCUGGACAAAAUCUGA